AUGAUUCCUCCUGAAGCCCCCAUACUCAGCAGGGCACAGACCCAAUCCCACAAUCAGGAGCAGGGCCUCAGCGUUGCAGUUGUUGGAGCUGGACCUGUUGGGCUCCUUACGGCCCUGGCGUUGGCCCGGCGCGGCUUCCGCAAGGUUCGGGUGCUUGAUCGCUUGCCGGAGCCGCCGAGCCCUGAUGCUGCGGUCUGGGGAGAUCCAGAUCGCUCCUACAACCUCGGGAUUGGAGGCCGCGGGCAGCGGGCUUUGGCCAAAUUCGGUGCCCUGGAGCGUGUCGACCGAUGGAGCCAGACGGUAGUCGGCCGCAAGGAUUGGUCAGGCGAGGGCGAGCCCAAAGUCACGAUCAACAAGCGGCGGUUCCUUACGAAAGUCAUCGCAAGAGACCGCCUCUCAAGCUGCUUGUACGAGGAGCUGCGCGAGAAGUGGCCAGAUGUUGAAGUCCAAUUCUCCAAAGAGUGCACCGCCGUGGACUUCUCCACUCCUCGGCUGCGACUCUCACUUAGGACUUGUGGAGCCCGGGAGGCCGAGGAAACCUGCGCUUUGGCUGAGAAGAUGAAGCUUCGAAGCGACUUCACAGGCUCUUUUUUCGCGAAGUAUCUAGCGGCGCUUUGCAGGGCUGUUGUGCGUUUGGAAGCUGAUCUCGAGGUGCAGGGGCUUGUUGACAGUGACGAGACACAGGUUGGCAAGGUAGUUGCUGCCUUUGGAUGGCAGGUCUUCUUGGCCAACGCCUGUGAAAACUGCCAGCCGGACGAGCUUUGUAGCUUCAGCCACGGGGAUGCGGCUUUGCAGCUGGCGAAGCACGCGACCAGCCUGGAGAACCACCAAAGCUUUCAGUGCGCCCCCGGAAUUCUCUCUGCGAUGAUCAUCAUCUCGCAGUAUUUUCUCAUCGAGCAGCCAUCGGAAGACCUGACCCAAUUUUUGGGUGCAGCCGCCUCCCUUGCGCCGUUUCCUUUCUACACCUCCCAGUACAGCCGAUAUGCGAACAUGGUUCCCGUCAAUCUGCUGAUGUGCAACGAGGAGCAGCAGCAGUCACCAAGAGCCUUCAACAGAUUCGUCCCUCGAGUUCACGCGGAGGACUCCGGGAUGUGUGGCAUGGUCUACACAGACGACCAACUGGUGCGCAGGUGCCGUGCAAUGCGCAGGAAUGUCGGAGUUCCAGAUCGGAGCUCUACCGUCAUAGAUCAUAUCAACUGUCCAGCAUCGACGGCGUCGGUAGAUGAGGAGCUGGCUCGAAAGAUCCAGAAGUACAGCAAUCGGGCAAACCAGCUACAGUGCCAAGAUUCCCGGGGUAUGUGGAACGAAGCGAUGAGCGACAUCCACAAGUGCGUGCUUAUCACCGUUGGCCACUGGCUCGGGUUUAGACCAGGUCAGCUGUUGUUGGACUGGGGUUCAGGCUGUGGUCACAAGUUGUCUUGGGCAAAGAUGCUGUUCGACGUGGACGGCUUGGGUGUGGAGAUCCAGGAGCCAGCGGCACGCUGGGCCCAGCUUUACUCGGCAGGGAAGUUCUGUCAGGGCGAUGGCCGAGAGCUGGGAUGGAUCCCGGAGGACACCUUCGACUAUGUGAUCUCAUACGCCUCCAUUUAUCACCUGGCAAAGUUGGACCAAUGUAAGGUUGGCAUCCAGCUGAUGCGUAAGCUGAAGAUUGGAGGUAAGGCCUUCCUGGGUUGGAACCAUGGCCCCGUCAUGAACAAUUGGGAGUGGUUAAAGUGCUUCCAGGAGAGUGAUGCGUUCGUGAAGGAACAUGAAGGCAUUGGUGAAGGUGGGGUGGUUGUGGACUUCGACGCGGUGGAAGAUGGAUACCUCUUCCCGCCGGACGCCCGUGUUCUCAAGGAGAAGCGGUCCUUCCUCUACCAGUACCCGGCGUAUUCGAUCUUCCUGACGCGGAAAGCUUGA